UUUGAGCAUAGCAAGACCUUAGACCAGAUAACAGUUCGACCAACAUUCCAGCAGAAGCAACUUACCACUAAGACACUAACACCAGCAACAAUGUUGUUAAGGUUGUUAAUCAGCUUAGCGCUGUUCGCAACAGUGUCCUCCACUUCCUUGAUCUCUCUCGAUUUGGGCACUGAAUUCAUGAAGAUAGGAAUUGUAAAGCCUGGAGUACCCAUAGACAUUGUGUUAAACACCGAAACCAAACGCAAAACUCCAAUGACAGUCUACAUUAAGGGUGACGAACGGUUAUUUGGUGAUACCGCUGUAACCAGGGGAGAAAAAUCACCGAAGAACGCGUAUUCUAACCUGUUAGAUCUACUCGGUAAAUCUAUAGAUAACCCAGUGGUCACUGAGUAUAAAGAAAGGUUUCCCUAUCAUACGAUAGAAGCUGAUCCAGUGAGAAAUACAGUAGUGUUCCGACACGACGACAAUACAUUUUACAGUGUUGAGGAGUUACUGGCAAUGCAAAUAGAGUUUGCGGUGCUGCUCGCUACAAAACACGGGGAAGCUCCAGUCAGUAAAGUUAUAAUCUGCGUUCCUCCUUUCUUCAAUCAGAAGGAAAGGGAAGCUAUGCUCAAUGUAGCGGAAAUAGCUGGAGUCCAAGUAAUGCAGUUGAUGACAACAACCUCAGCUAUAUCACUGCAAUAUGCAGUCUUCAGAAACAUCAAAAUGACUGAAAAGCCCAUGAUCGUAUUAUUCGCGACCGUAGGAUCUCAGUUUACCACAGCUGCUGUUGUCAGUUACUCCCAAGUCAAGGACAAAGUCACCAAGGAGUUGGUAAAUACUGUACAAGUCAUGGGAGUUGGGUAUGACAGAGGUCUGGGAUCAUAUGAAAUGGAUCUGAGACUGAGGGAGCAUUUAGCUAACAAGUUCACUGAAAAGUAUCCUAAGGUAAAAGUAUUUUAA